UCUCUGCCUCGGCACCACCCACACGGCGUAUCGCUUCUAAAAAAAAGAAAAAGAAAGCGCGAGUUCGAGCUGAGGGCCAUGAGGAGCGGUGGCGGUGGCCGAGCAACUCGCCGCGGGCAGGGAACAGGGCCCCGGCGUGCCGCGCCAGCGCUACCGCGGAGCUCCUGCGAUGCUCCACCUCCGAGGUGGGACGGCCCCUCUGAUCCGGCUCCUCCUCUCGCCCCUUCUCUCACGCCCAACCCUAACCCGGCUAUGGCGCCCUUGUUGCCGGCGCCUCUCUUGCUGCCGCUGGUGCCACAUCCGAGGGAGCAAGAGCAGCAGGAGAAUGCUGAGGAAGGAGAAGAACAGAGGCCGAGGCCGACGCCGACAACCAUGGAAAAGAAGGUUGUAGAGCCUUCAAAGAAGAAGAAAUUUGUGGAUUUGAAAUCAAUGUGGGGUAGAGCUGAAAAGAAACUGAAGUCUAUAGUUGAUAGCAAUAAUAUUUCUGAGCAUUCAGCUAGGAGGAAAGACCCUGAACCUGCUACUAUACAUGCACCUGCAACUAAAGAGAUUGGGUGUAGUAGAGCAUGUGAAGUUGGAUUUGCACAAACAGAAACUCAAGUGCCCUAUGAAAGUAUAGAAGUAUCAAGACCUCAAGAUGUAGAUGGCAGCAUAGAAGUAUCUAAACCUCAUGUUGCAAAUUCAGAAUCUGAAGAGGAAGAUGAUUGGCUAGAAGAUGUUGAUGAGGAUGUUGGUUUUCUUCCACAUGAUCCUGGAAAGAGGAUUGCCAUCUCAGAUUAUAGUGUGUAUCAGCAAGAUGAAGUGAGGAUGAAGUAUAUUGCACUUGGGCCUUGUCGACCACCACUAGAGCAAUUUCCUCAAAGAAAUUGUGGAGGUAAACGUCGUUUCAUACAUAGCUUGUUUGAUAAGUAUAGUUGGCUUGAAUAUAGUGAGGAAAAGGAUGCUGCAUUCUGUUUUGUUUGCUACUUGUUCAAAGAUAGAACUAAUUAUGUUGGUGGGGAUAGUUUUGUGAAUGAGGGCUUUAGACAAUGGAACCAUCAUGAAACUAAUCUUGCCAUAUGCAAUUUAAUUUUUGUUUACUGGAUAUGUUAUUUAAAUUUUGCUUUGAGAUAGAUUUGAAUUUUUGCCUGACGUACACAAUUAUGGAAUUAAUUUCUGCUGGUUCACAAAAAAUAUAUGGGCUGCACAUGCCUAAAAUUUGCUUUGAGAUUGAUUUCAAAUCUUUCCUUGCAUACAUAUAUUUAUGGAACUAAUCUUUUUUGUCAAUUAUGGAACUAUAAUCUUCGUUGGUUCAAGUUUCACGAUAAAUCCAUGUAUUGCACGCGCGGGCCAUAGGAAGUCCUCAACUUCUCUCGUUGUGCCACGUGGCAACAUGAGAGCGUUUUGAGGGAGCCACGUGGCUGUUAGUAGUGCACUUAAUCUAGCUCAAUAGAAAUAUGAUAUGUUCAUUAGACCUAAUACAGCAAUUGGUGAGAAUUUAAGGAAGAGAAGCAAACAUGAUAAGGUUGUUUAUAUGGCCCGCUUAACUUACUCACUUAAGUGCCUGAGAUUUCUUUUACGGCAAUGGUUGGCUUGUCGUGGGCAUAAUGAAAGUAAAGAAUCACUCAAUAGAGAAAAUUUUCUUGAGCUUCUAAAUUGGUUGGCUAGAAAUUUCAAAGAGGUCAACGAGGUUGUUCUAAAGAAUGCUCCAAAGAAUUGUAAAAUGACAUCCCCUAGGAUACAAAAACAGCUUAUUAGAUGUUGUGCUACAGAGACUACUAAACUUCUCAUGGAAGAUCUUGGGGAUGAGUUUUUUUUCAAUUCUUGCUGAUGAGUCUAGCGAUGUGUAUCAAAAUGAGCAGUUGGCACUUUGCUUGCGUUAUGUUGACAAGAAAGGGAGGGUGGUUGAGCGCUUUCUUGGUAUUGUGCAUGUUGAGAAUACUACAGCUUUGAUACUUAGAGAUGCUAUCAAGAAUUUACUAAUGCAACAAUCAUUGAGCUUGUCUAAAGUUCGUGGUCAAGGAUAUGAUGGGGCUAGUAACAUGAAGGGUGAGGUUAAUGGUCUAAAGAAGCUGAUUAUGAAUGAAUCUCCUUCUGCUUAUUAUGUUCAUUGUUUUGCACAUCAACUACAAUUAACUCUUGUGGCCGUUGCUAGGGAGAAUGGUGAUUGUGUUUGGUUUUUUGAGUAACUUGGGUAUUUGUUGAAUACUAUUGGGAUUUCUUGUAAGAAACAUCAAAUGCUUUGAGUUGCUCAAGCUCAAGAGAUUGUAGAAGCUUUGGAAUUGGGUGAAAUUGAAAGUGGGCAGGGUCUGAAUCAAGAGAUGGGUUUGGGUAGGCCAGGAGAUACACGUUGGGGAUCUCACUACAAAACAGUGCAACAUAUUCUUAUUAUGUAUCGCUCAAUCCGGAAGGUUCUACUACAAGUUGGAAAAGAUCGUUCACAAAGCACGGAAGCUAUAAAAGCUCAAACUGCAUUACAAUCAUUUGUGUCAUUUGAGAUUGUUUUCAUGGCACACUUGUUGAACACUAUUCUUGGAUACACAGAUGACUUAAACACAGCUUUGCAAAGGAGGGCGCAAGAUAUUGUGAAUGCGGUUGAGCUCAUUGUUUUGACAAAGAUGCAAUUGGAGAUGUUGCGGCAAGAUGAUGGGUGGGAGAAUUUUUUAAAAAAAGUCACCUCUUUUUUAUGAAGAACGAAGUCAAAGUUCCUCAGAUGGAUGCUAGGUACAAGCCGGUUGGAAGAUCACCAAGCUUCUUUGGUAAAGUGCAGAAUCUUCACCGCUUUAAAAUUGAAAUGUUUUUGAGUGUUAUUGAUAGACAACUUAGAGAACUAAAUGACAGAUUUGAUGAGGUGAACACAGAUUUACUUGUUUGCGUGGCUUCAUUCAAUCCCACUAAUUCAUUUGGUUCUUUUGACAAGGAAAUGUUGGUUAAACUUGCACAAUUCUAUCCCAAUGACUUCUCAGCCAAUGACAUCAUGCACCUACCUAUUCAGCUUGAUCGUUUUAUUAUUGAUAUGCGUAGAGAUGAAAGGUUUAGAGAAGUGAACACCAUUGCUGAACUUUCGGUCAAGCUUGUUGAUACAAAUAAGCAUAUCAAUUACACACUUGUCUACAAGCUACUGAAAUUGGUGCUAGUCCUUCCUGUAGCAACUGCAAGUGUUGAAAAUGUAUUCUCCACAAUGAAUUAUGUCAAGAACAAGCAAAGAAAUAGAAUAGGAGAUGAAUACUUGAAUGAUUGAUUGGUAACAUUUCUUGAAUGAGAUUGUUUUCAACAAGUUCCUGAUGAAGACAUAAUACGUCAUUUCCUGUCAAUAAAGGCUCGUAGAGUCAAGUUGUAACAACUUGUGUUGAUUUUUCAGAACAUGGACAGGAUCACACUAUCUUAUAUAAUAUAUGUUGCUGAUGGGUAUCAUUCAAUGGCAUUUUCUUCCUCUGUAUUGGAUCCAAUCUUUAUGGUGGUGCAGCCAUACGCAAUGUAGGAAGAGAAGAAGGGGAGGAGGAAGGGAAGAAGUGGGAGGACUGCGUAUAGGGGGGGAGGCGGGGGAUGCGAUCGCUGGGCGAUGGUCCUGGCGAUCGAUCGCCCAUUAGCACCCCCCUAUAAGUUAUGCCUAUGUGUACUGGGAAGCUCAAACAAUUAACAAGAAGCAAAAUACAAUAUUUUUUUAUUUGAUUUUUGGUCAUACCGGCCUGCACAGUUGCAUAUUCAUCGUACACCACGAUUGACCUUUUUCUUUUUUUUUUCUUUUUUUUUUAUGCGCGAGAAGACGCCAAGAUUUCUCCAAGACAGAAAAGCACUACAGCACAGGAGUGUGACCUUGCAGUUUCCAGCCAUUGAUUAAUUCUAUCAGCGGGCUUUCUUGUUUGGACAUAACAUUCCAAGAAGCAGCUGCCAGCGAUCACCAAGGAACCAAAUGUCCUCCAAGCAAUUGAUCACGGAAGCAACCUACGAGUUACAAUGGGUAGCCCAUCCACUGGAAUCCUGCAGCUUCCCAUUCCUAUGGCUUUUCUCUAACUUGCACCAGAGAACGCACAACCACGACAGACUAAAUUGAAUUACUCAAGCCCACAUUUUCAUUGAGGAGGUAUAGAGAGCUAGCGUGUGUUGUGAGCAAGCAGAACAAUGUUAUGCCAUAUGCGUCUGGUUUUGUAGGAACGCACCGCUUCUACUGAAAUUAAUAAUGGUAUUGCUAUAGUAGUUGAGCACGAGCAAUGCAAAUACAUGCAAUCUAUUUUGAUUUA